AGGCAACAUUAUCCAACAUCCGGUAUUGCUCGAGCUAACUUCAUGUAACUUGACGGCUAGCUUUCAGCUUCACCCAAACAUUAGCCUCCUGGCUAGCUGUUGGCUAACCAAACUCUUAGAAAGCAAAGCUGUCCUCGCCUGGCUGACCUAUGAGUCGCAAAAGAAACCACAGUUUCGUUGAAACGAGCCUGUCUCCUGAGCUGCAGAGCGCCUUCAUGGAGCCCCCCGGGUCAGCCAGCCGAGGCGACGGCGAUUUCCUGGAACUCGAGCCCGACGAGGAGCUGCUCUGUUCGGUCAGCGACAUCACCGAGCACCUCGGCAGAAAUAUCACCGUGGUGCUGGAAACGGCGCUGUCCGAGAUCCGGAAAAUGGUCAGUGUCAGGAUACGAGUGCUGAAAAUGGAGCUACGCGAGAAAACGGAUGAAAUUGAGGUGUUAAAAGCGAGGCUGGAGACGGUACAGAGGGACGGAAGGGACUCCUUCCCUGGCGCAUCAUCAGUGGAGGCGUCCUCGGCAGCUGGCUUCAGGAAACCUGACUUCAGCUCCGGGAACAAGCACAACAACAUCGACCCCAGGAAAAGCAAACCCACCAUGCCCGGAGUGAAGAAAGAAAAUAUAAACGCUAUUUGUGACUAUCUGAUGAAGGACAAGAACUCGAAAGGUUGUAUUGACAUGGACGGCGACCAGAGCAGCCAAACCAGCAGCGACAGGGACGCUCGUCAGGAGCCCGACCCCCACUCCCUCAACCUGUGGUCGGACAGCGGGAUGGCUGGCUCCGGCCAGGGGGACGGCGAGUCUGACUCGGCCACAGAUGACAUCUUCAGCAUGCUGCCCUCUGGCAGCAAACGCAUCUAUGACUAUGAGUGGAUGGCAGGGAUGGAGUACACGCCGGAGCUGAAAGGCAUAAGGGAGCCCAAGUGUGAGAGCGCCCCAGUGGAGGAAAACGAACAAGGUGAAAAUGAGUCCUCAGCAAGAGAGGGAGAUGCCAUGGACCAGGCCCAUCUGUCCCAUGUCCAGCCCCCGGAGUUCUCCAUGGAGCCCGAGAGCCCUCCAGGGGAGGGUGGGAGCCCUGCCGAGGGGAAUGCAGACAGAUUGGAAACAGGCCAGCCGUUCCCCAGCCACACUUACAUCUGUCCGCUCUGUGGAACCUUCUGCCCCGACUCGGUGUUCCUGGAGGAGCAUCUUAAAAUGAUACACACAGACACACCGGGCGCCCAGGCUCUCCAGGCAAUGCAGUCCACCACCUCAGCAGCGCCUGUCUUGGGAGAGGGCAGCAGUGACUCCAGGAGGGGGGCAGUGGCAGGCCAAAACGAGGUUGACACAGGUCCAGGGACUGGUAGCGGUAUGGGACGGGUAGGGGGGCCUGUUAAAAGGGAGAUUAAAAUCGAGGGUGGGUAUGAGUGCGGGGACUGUGGCCGUCACUUUAAUUACCUGGGCAACCUGCGACAGCAUCAGCGCAUCCACACUGGAGAGAAGCCCUUCAUCUGCCCAGAGUGCGGAGAGCGCUUUCGCCACGCGGCGCGGCUAAAGAGCCACCGGCUGGGGCACAGUGGCGCCCAGAGCCCAUUCCCAUGCCCCCAGUGUGGGAAGGGCUUCUCGGUGCUAUCCGGCCUGAAGAGGCAUCAACGGGUGCACACUGGCGAGAGUCCUUAUGCUUGUCCACAAUGUGGCCGGCGCUUUAAGGAGCUUGGAAACCUGUACACCCACCAGAGGAUUCAUAGCGGGGCAACACCUUACUGCUGCCAGCAGUGUGGACGCAGCUUCCGCCAUCUAGGCACCUACAAGAGCCACCGCUGCACCCCAACACAGUAACCAGCCCGGCUGGCUCCCCAGCUAUAGCUCACUGACAGGUGAUGCCCUGAGGUGUCCAAUUUAAUAUCCCAAAGGGGACUGGAAAUGAAACUACAUGUGACUCCGAGAUGUCUCUCGUUAUACUGUGGCUGUCUGCUGUCAAUGGUAGUGGUGCUCGCUCUGUUCUCAGUAUGUCAUGGAGGAAGGGGCUGAUGAGAAGCCUGGAUCCAGCCCUCAUGAAUCACCAUGCUCACAUUUUUGAAUGAUGUGGCGUUUCCUGUGGUCUGGAACUGCUCUCAAUCUCAGGGGUAGAUUUGAUUGGAAUCUUUGUGAGAUUCCUGAUUGGCCACUCGACAGAUUCAAGUAAACAAACAUGGCAGUGGCCAUGAAGAGUCGAUGAUGUGAUGUAAUGUGACUGACAGCAAACUAAAUUUGGCAAUUUCUGCUAUUCUUUUGAGAUGUUAUGGCAGUGAUACAUUAGAAGAUGAACAUGUACCUAGUCUAAAACUUGUCAUGGCGAUCCCUGAUGACACAGUCAGUUAACCUACUAUGAUUGGUUUAACACUGAUCAGUGGUGUUGGUCCACAGGUGGGAUACACUGACUUUGGUAAGUCAUUUGUGAUAGAGACAUGGCCAGAAUCCACUGAACUGAACAGUGGGUCUGGAAAUGGUGUCUGGAAACCAGGCUAGCUGAUGAGCUGCAGCACUGCCCGAGCUUUCAUCUCACUCAGCCUCCAUGACAUUUGACCCCUUGUCACUGGUAUCAAGCGAAGCUAGACUAGCUUUUAUCAUCAGAAACCAUCAGUGGAGAGAAAACGGAGCAUCCAUACCUCAAAAGAGACAGUGUUUGAAGGAAGAACCAGGUCAAAGUCCUCCACGGGAGGUGGAUCCAGGUGUGAGAGUCCACAUGGAGACCCCGUUUGAUCAAGGUUGUCACAGAUGUUAACACAGCCAGAGGAGUAAACAGAGACUUUUGACUCAGAGACACUGGUGCAGAGCAGGCACAUGUUAAGAAGACUCAUGUUAGUUUCACAGUAGAAACUACUGAAACUUGGAAGGUUUCUCAGUACUUACUGACAUGCAUGGUUCCAGAACUAGGGUUAAGGAUUGAAGCAGGCAAGAACUUGUAGUGGUAUUCAGUAAAUUUACAUUUAACCAAAUUUUUUAAAAAAAAUGGUUAAGUAUUCUACAUUUCCUUCCAGAAUUUCUGGUGUGGGCAGAAAAACCCCUGAGAUCAAAUUUAGACAAAUUUAGGGACACAGCCCUACUUUGUACAUCGGUACAUUAAUGAUAGUAGUAACACAUGUUCAUCCUUACUUGUGUGGGAUUUGAUCAAGUUGCAUUAGAAUCGGUUCUGAUUGAGGUCUUUCUUUAGACAACUUGUGUAGCAUCGAUUGGUCCUACAUAAAGAGCUGGCCCAUAUAUCAGCAAACACAUACAUUGGACAGCUUACAGAUUUUCAAAGUCCAUGCAUAUGGUGCAAGUACAACGGGAAGUAGUGAGUAAAGCAAGCUACUUUGGAUGUUGAAAGAGAGAUGAUAUGUAACAGUGAAACCAUUAAUACCAGGUGUCUGCUUCAUGGCUUCAUGAACCCAUUCCAUGGUGAUGAUAGAUGAACCUACAAUACACAGAGCGCUGGGGUGCUCCUGCCUACAUAUGAGCCACCUCUGUAAUUACACCAGAAGGAUUUCCUCUGUGGUGGUACUACUGACUGUAUUAUUGUGAUACCGCUUGGUGCUAUGUGUAGAGCAGACAGUUUGGCAUAUUAUUUUUAACCAUAACAAUGUAAUCUAAUGUAAGCCCUCUGUUACGGACUGUGUAUGGGUUUUUUAUGUUUGCCUAAAUGCUCAUAAAAACGGGUGAUCACAAAAAGAACCCUAAAGGCAUCUUUAACUCAACUGAAUUCAGUGCAAACUUGUCUGGAUAAUUGACUCAUUUUAUUGUUUAAUUCCAAGUCGUCUCUAGUCAGGAAAUGCGUUCCUAGGUCUUAGUAAUGUGUGGAUAACUGAACACAUAACUAAAGAAGAAAACUCCAAUUUAUCCAAUGUGACCAAUGAGUAAUUCUUAUUAACCUGUGGAUGUGAAACACUUAUUAUUGACAAUCUGCGUUCUAAUAAAUAGUUGUCUUUCUGUGGUGAA